UCCACUAUCUCAUCACAUCACGAUCAAGUCACACACAGCCCACGACGAUGAUGCACCGUGCUACGAUCGUCGGCGUCGUCGCGCUUAUCGGCGUCCUUCUCGUCGGCGGCGGGGUUCGAGCGCAGCCGCCGCAGCGGUUUGACUACCCGGCGGCGAGGGCGCCCACGACCUGGGCCAACACGGACGCCGGCCUGCCGCACCACGUGGUCUACACCGACGGCUCCGUGGCGCGCGUGGCCCUGCUGCGGCUCAACCCGGCCGGCUACGGCCCCUCCUACGCCUUCGGCUUCUUCUGCACCGGCCACGGCGCGGCCCCGUGCGCCGACUUCCUCCUCGGCGUCGCCGUCGUGUACUCCAACAGCGGCGCGCUCAUCACGUCCACCACGACCGGCGUCCCGCAGGUCGUCUGGUCGGCCAACCGUGGCAGCCCCUUGGGCGAGGGUGCCGCAGCGGAGCUCACGCCUGAGGGCGACCUCGUGCUCAGGUCCGCCAACGGCUCGGCGGUGUGGUCCGCCGGCACCAAGGGCCGGUCCGUCGCCGGGGUGACCAUCGGAAGCGACGGCAACCUCGUGCUGCUCGACGGGCGCAACGCCACGGUGUGGCAGUCGUUCGACCACCCCACAGACGCUCUACUCGUCGGGCAGUCACUCGGGCACGGUGCGCGGCUCACCGCCAAUACGUCGGCUGCUGACUGGCGCGACGGCAGGUUCUACCUCGCCGUCGAGGACGACGCCCUGAGCGCAUACGUCAACGCCACGCCGCCGCAGCGCUACUACCACCUCGGCUUCGGCGAGACCGCUGCCGGCGCCCACGCGACGUACACAAACGGCAGCCUCACGGUCUCCGCGCGGCCCGGAGCGCCGGCGCUGGCGACCAUCCAGCUGCCCACCGUCGUGGCCGGCACGGUGCAGUACAUGCGGCUGGAGCACGAUGGCCACCUCCGGCUCUACGAGUGGCGCUCCGGCUCGGGCUGGGCGCCGGUGUUCGACGUGCUGCGCCUCUUCCCGGACGGCGGCUGCGCGUACCCAACCGUCUGCGGCGCGUACGGCGUGUGCACGGACGACACGCAGUGCAGCUGCCCCGACGCGGCCAACUUCCGCGCGGUGGACUUCCGGAGGCCCAACCGCGGCUGCGUCCCGACGAAUCCACCGGCGACGUCCUGCGACUCAUCGUCGCGGGGGCAGCGCGCGCAGCACCGGCUGGUGUCGCUGCCGGGCACGGGCUACUUCAACGACCACGCCACGAGCAUGCGCGCCAUGGAGAGGGUGAGCGAGGAGGCGUGCAAGAAGGCGUGCCUGGACGACUGCGCGUGCGCGGCGGCGCAGUUCUACUACGGCCGCGACGCCGGCGACGGGUUCUGCUACCUGCAGUCGGAGGUGUUCUCGCUGUAGACAGUGCGGACGGAGGUGGUGCACUACAACUCCACCAUGCGUAUCAAGGUGCAGGCCAAGUCAGCCAGGAUCUGAUGAUGGCUCUCCUCAGCACUACACAUACAUGCAUCACGGCAAGGUUCACGAAAAAGUUUGUUACCAAUAAAGUUCUCGGUUAUUUGUACAAAAUCCGUUUAAUUAAUGUCGGACGUGAGAAUGACAUGAAUCUUUUCUCCAUUCUUUCUACGUUAAGAGCAUCUUCGAUAAGUCAUGUAAAAGGCUCCCUAAAAUGUAUUAUGCAGUGUGUCUCCGGCGGAUCUCGCACGAUUCGAAAAGUGGUUGUCUUUGAUGUAU